AUGGUGAAAAUCGCCUUCAACACACCCACGGCGGCGCAAAAAGAGGAGGUAUGGCAAGAAGUGGAGGCGUUCGUAAGCCGCACGGUCCGAGUUCAAAUCUUGACAGGCAAGGAGCUUGGAGUUGCCACCCAGGAAAAAGAAGGCUCCUCUUGGAGAUGCAUGCUUACUCUCUUAGGCCUUUUAUUCAUCUUGGCAGGACUUAUUGUUGGUGGAGCCUGCAUUUACAAAUACUUCAUGCCCAAGUAUAUAAAAUUGAUUUGUCUUCAUGCUGAUAACUAUAAUCAUACCGUCUCCCAUGGAGAGAAGUGCUUCUUUGAUUCUGAGGACCCUGAAAAAUCCCUUAAGGGAGAACUCUGCUUCCUGCCUGAGACUGAGGAGGCUGACAUUCGUGAGGAUGACAACAUUGCAAUCAUUGAUGUGCCUGUCCCCAGUUACUCUGAUAGUGACCCUGCAGACAUUAUUCAUGACUUUGAAAAGGGCAGGACUGCUUAUCUAGACUUUCUGUCAGGGAACUGCUAUCUGAUGCCCCUCAAUACCUCCAUUGUUAUGGCUCUGAAGACUCUGGUGGCACUCUUUGGCAAACUGGCAAGUGGCAAAUACCUGCCUCACACGUAUGUGGUUCAUGAAGAUCUGGUUGCUGUGGAAGAGAUCUGUGAUGUUAGUAAGCUUGGCAUCUUUAUUUACCAACUUUGCAACAACCGCAAGUCCUUCUGCCUUCGUCAAAGAGAUAUUUUGCUGGGUUUCAACAAAUGUGCCAUUGAUAAGUGCUGGAAGAUUAGACACUUCCCCAAUGAAUCUGUUGAGACAAAGACCUGUCAAGAGUGA